CCUCUCAUAAGGUGAGCUCUUCACCCUCCCCCUCAUCCAACAGUGUUUUAAUGUCUAGAAACUGGAAAUCUUUAGCAGAGAUGGUUAAAACAAACAAGAGAGACAUGGAAAAGGAGGAGAGAAUCCUGGACCAGGAAAGCGCUGGGAGAAAAGGGGCUGGAAAUGAGGAAGUCAGAAGACUCAACUGGGAAGAGACCAUAGUGAUCACUCGCCGGGACUUCCACGAUGAUUGGAGCCGCAUUUUGAGUUAUGUGAAAGAACAAACUGAAAGCUCCUACAUUAUCAAUCCUUUUCAGGCGGACAAGGCGCUUAUGAAAUGCCCCUCGAAAGACUUGGCUUGUCUCCUUCUUACGAAUAAGGGGUGGGUUACCUUUGGCCCUGUAACGGUGAAAUUGGAAGCUUGGAACCCCCUUCUUCACGGAAGGGCCUUCCUCUUCCCCUCCUACGGUAAUUGGGUUAAGAUUAGAAACAUUCCUUUACAUUUAUGGAGCUUGGCUACAUUUAAGGCGAUCGGUAACGCCCUCGGGGGCUUCAUUGACUACGAUGAUAAUAAUUCAUGUUUUAUAGAAUGUUUUGAUGUAGCUAUUAAAGUCAAAAGCAAUUACUGUGGUUUUAUCCCUGCGGAAAUCAGUUCGAUGGAUGGCCCUCUCUGUUUUCAAGCAAAAGUGGUUUCUUUCGAAGAUAGUAAAUGGCUCGCCAGAAAAGAUGUCGGGAUUCAUGGCGGUUUUUCAUCGGAAGCGGCUAGGUCUUUUCAUCAAGGAAGUGCAGAGCAGAGUGCCAACUCUAUUGACCGUUGGAGAUUGGAGAACGGGUGUAAUUACCCGGGGGUCAAUAUACAGUACCCUAACUUUAUUCCCUUUAAGUCAGCUCGAAAUGGAGGCUCAAAGUUAUACUUUAGAGCAACAAGAAGUUUCUUACACGAAAAUGCAAAAAGGAGAGAGAGGAAAAAGUGGGACCCAGGAUUGACUUUGAAAAGGAUAAAGAUAAAUUGUCUUGGCCUUUGUGCACGGAAAACACAGAUGCCCACGUUUCCCGAGGUGACAAGAAAAAGGCAAAAGAAAAAGAAAGAGUAGUUUCUUUCUAAAAAAAAGAGGAAAGGUGUGCUCUAUGGAGCCAGAUUUUGUGCAGGAUACGACUCAGAAGGAAAACGACCUAGAGGGACAGUCAGCCUCAUCCAUGAUUAGCCUAAUUGGCACAUGCUUUGUUAAACCACCCAAGUUGAUUAUGUUUCGCCUCUUCCUCGGAGAAAGAUGAUCAAACAAUUCCCAAUCGUAAGUAAAUUACUCCCAGUUGUUCAAUCAUUUGAUAACCAGAGUCAUUCUUGGAAUUCUAUUUACUCACUUUAAAUUGAGUAUCCGUUUCCAUUUCCUGGUUUUUUUCCACGAAAAGCAAACAUGAGAUAACAAAUCCAGUCUUUCGUUGAAGCGACCCCGUUGGCUGAAAAUCAGGGAGAUAUACCAGAAGGAUAUUUCGAGAGUAUUAGAGAGGAAGAAUUAAGGGAAAGGAGGGAGAUCUCUCCUGAUACAGAAAGGCAUCUGGAAAGGGAUCGUGAAGAAACCAAUUCUCUGGUGAGCUUAGACCUACCUCCAGAUCAAGAAGUAGAAGGGGAGGAUUCAGAGGAAGAUGAGGAGGAAUCAGAGCACUUUCCUUUUUCUAGAAAGCUGGUCCGCAAUCUGUGGAAGUGUAAGAUGUGUAUCAGACCCCUUUCUAAUAAAGGGAGUGUUUCAACAAAGAAGAAAACUAGAGAAAUCACUAACUUGCUCCGGGCGAUGGAGAGAGAAAUUGAAGAAGAGACCGAAGUAGAAGAGGGAUAGACAGGUUCUAAAUGAAAAUCCUCUCCAGGAAUGUUAGAGGUCUUGGUGCUUCCUCCAAAAGAGCACUUGUAAAGUCCCUUCUAGUGAAAUUUAAUCCAGAUGUGGCAAUUUUGCAAGAAACAAAGUUGCAGUCUAUCGACAGAAAAGUAGUGAAAUCUGUUUGGAGCUCUAGGCAUUUAGGGUGGGUGGAGCUUGAUGCUGUCGGGUCAGCUGGCGGUAUUCUUAUCAUGUGGAACCAAAAUUCUGUGAAAGUAGAGGACUCAGUGAUAGUUAUAAAGGCAGAGACGAUUUUUGGCAGGAGCUGCUGGAUCUAAAUGGGCUAUGUGCGGAUAAUUGGUGCCUUGGAGGAGAUUUUAAUGUGGUGAGAAGAAUUUUUGAGAAAUCCAGUGGGGGAAGAGUCACCUGAAGUAUGAAGAAUUUCAACCUGUUGAUCGAUGAGCUGAAGGUGACGGAUGUUCCUAUGAAGAAUGGCUCGUUUACUUGGUCCGAUGGUACGGAAAGACCGAUAGCCACUCGCAUAGACAGAUUCUUUCUUUCUCAUACUUGGAUAGAGGCCUUUAAAGAGGUGGAGCUUAUUAGGCUCCCAAGAACGACGUCAGAUCAUUUUCCUCUUUUCUUAAAGAUGGGAAAUCAGAAAUGGGGUCCUUCCCCUUUUCGUUUUGAGAACAUGUGGCUUGGCCAUCACUCUUUCAAGGCUUGCGUAGAAUCCUGGUGGACCUCCCUUUCUUCUCAAGGCUGGCCGGGAUAUGCCUUUACAGGAAAGCUGAAAGCUUUGAAAGAGUUAUGAAAAUAAAAUUGAAGCUCUUGACAAAUUAGAAUUGGAAGGCUUGAUUUCUGAAACAGAGAGAAAAGACAAAGUGGAGCACAAGAAGUCUUACUUGAACUUAGUUCUCAGUGAACAAAGGAAAUGGGCUAAAAAAUGCAAGUUGAUGUGGGUUAAAAGAAGGGGAUGAGAAUUCUAGCUUUUUCCAUAGAUGGGCGACGACAAGAAAAUCCAAAUCUUGCAUUUCAAUGACAGAAUCAGAUGUAGGGGAGCUUCUUACUUCAGACAUGGAGAUUGAGCAGGAGAUAGUAGGUUACUACGAAUGGUUAUAUGGGCAGACUUCUGGACAACGAUUCUUGAUUGAGAAUGUACAAUGGGGAACCCUCGAGGAAAAUUGGAAAGAUUGGCUUGAAAGGCCUUUUGAUAUGGAAGAGAUUAAGCAAGCGGUUUUCAACCUCGGAAAUCUGAAGUCCCCAGGUCCGGAUGGCUUCACUAAUGAAUUCUUAAAAAAGUCGUGGAACAUCCUCAAGGGUGAUUUGCUAGGGGUGUUCCAAGAUUUUUUUAGGAAUGGGGUCAUCAACUGUCGUACCAAUGAGACAUAUAUUUGUUUGAUCCCAAAAAAGAUAAAGGCUAUGAAAGUAGGCUAUGAAACAAGGUGGACUGGUCUUACCUUGAUGCUGUUUUGGAGCAAAAGGGUUUCGACCGUCGAUGGAGGAAAUGGGUUAAUGGCUGCUUAGCUUCUACGAAUUUCUCCAUCUUCAUUAAUGGAAGACUGAGGGGUAAGAUUUUUGCUAAGAGAGGGUUGAGACAAGGGGAUCCUCCCUCCCCUUUCCUCUUCACGAUUGUUGGGGACUCCUUUAGUCGGAUGGUCCAUUUAUGUAGCCAAAGAAGAUUAAUCAGAGGGUUGGGGGCUGGGAAGAAGGAGGUGGAAGUGUCUCACUUACAAUAUGCGGAUGAUACCAUGAUCUGCCCAAACGACCAUGGUAUUCUCGAAAAUUGGUGGAUGGUCCUGGAUAUUUUCCUCAAAGCAUCUGAAUUGUCUUUGAAUCUAGACAAAACGUCUUUGAUAGGGAUACAUGUGGCAGAAGACAUCCUUCAGAAUAUGGCCAGUAGGUUGGGCUGCAAAGUGGAGAAGCUCCCCGUCUCUUAUUUGGGCAUCCCUCUGGGGGAAUUUUAAGAAGAAUUCUUUUUGGCUCCGCUCAUCGACAGAGUGAAGAAAAGAAUUGAAAAAUGGAAGAAUCUCCUUCUCUCGAAAGGAGGAAGACUAAAUCUUGCCUGGUCAGUGAUUACUAGCAUUCAUAUUUACUUCUUCUUGGUCCUAAAAGCUCCGAAAGGAGUUGUUAAAUAAAUAGAGAGACUGACUAGAAAUUUCUUCCGGAAUGGGGAACCUCUAAAGGGUUGUGUAACCACCUGGUCAACUGGGGAAAAACCGGCCUCCCCUCGCAGUUUGGCGGUUUGGGCAUAGGGGCUUUACAACAACGGAACAACAGCCUUCUUCUCAAGUGGCUAUGGAGAUUCACUCAAGAACCCCACGCCUUGUGGAGAAGGGUGAUUGCAAGCAUUUACGGAGAGGACAAACACGGGUGGGGUACUCUCCCUCCCAAAGGGAGUGCUAAAGGUACAAACAGGGACCCGUAUAAAAUUCUGGAUGGAUUUAUGGAUUGGAGAAAGACCCCUAGCUGAUGCUUUCCCAGAUUUGUUUAAUAUCUCCACCACGAAAAAGGCCACAGUUGCAGACUGUUGGAAUAGCAGUGAGAAUGAUUGGGAUUUGGGCUUCCGUAGAGGCCUUUUUGAUUGGGAAGUAGAUAGUUGGAUGGACCUAAUUCAUAUUAUUGACGUGGUGAGAAUUGGGGAAGGAGAAGAUCGUGUUUCUUGGUCCAUUGGAAAAGGAGGAAGCUUCUCCACUCGCUCAGCUCGGCUGAAAAUGGUAGAGUGCAUUCCCUCUUUAAAGUCCCCCCUCAUCUCGACGAUUUGGAAUUUCAAAGCUCCUAAAAAGAUUAAGGUCUUCCUUUGGUCCUUAGCCCAUAGAGCCUUAAUACUCAUGAUAUGCUUCAGAAAAAGUGUAGGAAAUGGCUGAUUUCCCCAUCAGUGUGCAGUCUGUGUAAUGGUGUAAUGGGAACAGUGAGAAUAUAGACCAUACUUUUGUUCACUGCAAUUUCGCAACAAGAGCUUGGUGUUUUCUUUGUGAUAUUUUUGGGGUGGCGAUUUGCUUCCCAAAAAGAAUAGAUGAUUGGCUUGUGGAAGUUCUUCACGGGUGGUCACUUCCUAAGAAGGCGAGAUUUAUUUGGAAGUGUGCUUCAAGAGCUCUUUUGUGGCACUUAUGGCUAGAAAGGAAUUCUCGGGUCUUUGAAGAUAGAUCUACUCCUUUUGACAUUUUUUGUAUUUUUUGUAGGAAUGUACAGCACACUGCUUCUUGGUGGUGCAUUAAUUAUAGAGAAUUCUUUUGUAAUCACAACCUUUCCUUGUUCAUGAACAAUUGGAAAGGGUUCUUUGGAUGGGGUUGCCUCUACCCCAACCCUUUGGCUGUAUUUUUGUGCUGUCUUUAAUGAAAGGUUCUGAAUUUCC